CGGCGGUGACGGCCUCCCCCUUGAGAAGAUGCCUCUCGCCAAGGAUCUCCUUCACCCCUCUCCGGAGGAGGAGAAGCGGAAGCACAAGAAGAAGCGGCUGGUGCAGAGCCCCAACUCCUACUUCAUGGACGUCAAAUGCCCAGGAUGCUAUAAGAUCACCACCGUCUUCAGCCAUGCACAGACGGUAGUUUUGUGUGUGGGCUGCUCUACUGUCCUCUGCCAGCCUACAGGAGGAAAAGCAAGGCUUACAGAAGGGUGCUCCUUCAGACUAAACUCCCUGAAUCAAGAUGAAUGGGAAACCGUCCCAAUAAACACAUUUUGGAUACAUGCAAAAAAAAAUAUCAUGAUUGACAAUAGCCACGCUGUGGAAACAGCCCAAGUGCCCAACGACAGGUGA